UUGAAUAGUUUGAGUUGCUUGCAAGAAAGAAAAAUAUCAACCAUGAAAGAGUUAUCAAGCAUGGCGAAGUUAGCAUUUUCCCUUGUUUGUUUCAGUUUGGUAGCACCAUGGAUGGCUUCUGCAGCUAUUGUCCACCACAAUUUCACUAUUGGAACGCAGAAUGUGACUAGAUUAUGUAACACGCAAACGAUUGUGACAGUGAAUGGACAAUUUCCUGGUCCAACUAUAUAUGUUCGCGAAGGUGAUAAUCUUGUCGUUGACGUCACCAACAGCGGGCCGUAUAAUGUGACUAUACACUGGCAUGGGGUAAAGCAGUUGAAAUCCUGUUGGGCAGAUGGACCGUCCUACAUAACACAGUGUCCCAUUACUCCUGGGAAUCAGUUUACCUACAACUUUACAAUCACAGGACAGGAAGGGACGUUGUGGUGGCAUGCACAUAUUACAUAUCUGAGAGCCACUGUGCAUGGAGCAUUGGUCAUCAAACCCCGGAUUGGAAAGGCUUAUCCAUUUCCCAAACCGGCGGCUGAGUUUCCUCUUAUUCUGGGUGAAUGGUGGAAUGCAAAUGUAGAAGAUGUAAUUGCAGAUGCACUUGCAAGAGGAACUGUGCCAAAUGACUCCGAUGCAUACACCAUUAACAGCCAGCCAGGAGAUUUUUUCCCUUGCUCUGCCAAUGAUACUAUCCGUCUUUUGGUUAAGAAGGGAAAAAGCUACCUGCUGAGGAUUGUAAAUGCCGGCAUGGUUCGUGGAUCCUUCUUCAAAAUUGCCCAGCACAAAAUGACUGUUGUGGCAAUGGAUGCCGUUUAUAUCAAACCAUAUACAACCGAUGUACUGCUCAUAAACCCAGGUAACACCAUGGAUGUGCUCAUAACAGCUAACCAGCAAUCAAACCGCUACUACUUUGGCACCCGCGUAUACUUCAGCCAGCCUCUAGCAAGUGCAUUCUUAAAUACCUCUGCAACAGCAAUCUUAGAAUACAAAGGCAACACCAAUAAAUCUACCCCUCUCUUGCCCAACUUUCCUGACUUUAACGAUACUUCUACCGCAGUCAAUUUCACUACAUCCCUUAGAGGCCUGAAUUCUUCCGUCCCACAGACUGUUGAUGAAGAAAUGCUUAUAACAGAGGGAUUGGGACUCGUUACUUGUACAGACAAUUCUUGUGCAGACAACAAUGGUGUAAGACCCGUUGGAGGUUUUAAUAACAUUUCAUUCGUGUUUCCAAAUAUAGCCAUAUUGCAAGCUUAUUAUAAUAAUAUCAGUGGAGUUUUUACCAGAGAUUUCCCAAGUAAUCCUCCCCAGGCAUUCAAUUACACUGGAAAUGUGCCACUGGGUCUUUGGAGUCCCGAGUUGGGGACAAAAGUUAAGGUUUUGAAGUUCAAUAGCACUGUUCAAAUAGUGUUUCAGAACACUCAGAUUGUUACAUUCAUUAGCCAUCCCAUACACCUUCAUGGGCAUGAUUUUUAUCUUGUGGGUCAGGGAUUUGGUAACUAUAAUUCCCAAACGGAUCCUGCAAAUUUCAAUCUGGUGAAUCCUCAGAUGUUGAAUACCGUUGCAGUUCCUACUGGUGGGUGGGCGGCCAUUAGAUUUGUAGCCAAUAAUCCAGGAGUUUGGUUGGCGCAUUGCCAUUUUGAAUCUCAUUCUGCACUUGGUUUUGAUAUGGUUUUUCUUACUGAGAAUGGGCCAGGAAGUUCUGACAAAUUGCCGCCGCCUCCUUCUGAUUUACCUAAAUGUUAGAUAGAUUUCAUCAUUGUUAAAUCUUGUAAUUUCAAGAUUAGUUUGUGUAUGGUCAAAAAUAAAAUUUACAGCCGCCACGGCGAAGUGUCAUGGGAAUAAGAUUAUGCUGUAACUGCUAUUCUCUCCUACAUUUGUAUUAUUUUUAUUUUUUAAAUUCAAGUGGAAAAAGAGCAAUGUUUGGUGAUAAA